GAGCUGUGACUAGAUCGGCUGUGCGUUUGGUAAACGGCACCUCGAGCUACGAAGGGAGAGUUGAGAUACUUCAUGACGGACAAUGGGGCUCAGUCUGUGAUGACGAUUUUGAUACCGACGAGGCACGUGUUGUCUGUAGAAGUUUAGGCCUCGAAAGUCUUAGUGCAACGGCAUAUCAAAGCGCUCACUUUGGAUCAAGCACGGGACCAAUCUGGCUGGAUGAUGUCAACUGUAAUGGGAAUGAACAAUUUCUAGACCAGUGUUCUUCUAACAGCUGGGGAUCCAAUAAUUGUCAUCAUAAUGAGGAUGUAAGCGUGCGAUGUCAGUUACCUGUACGACUUGUAAAUGGAAACACCCCAACACAAGGUCGAGUUGAGAUUCAGAUCAACGGGACAUGGGGAACUGUCUGUGACGACCAGUUUGACAACAGAGAUGCUCAAGUUAUUUGCUCAAUGAUGGACUUCAGUCGAAAUGGAGCUCAGAUUGUGACUGGUGCUGGUUUUGGACAAGGUUCGGGACCUACCUUCUUUGAUGAACUAGCUUGCUCAGGGACUGAGGCAUCCAUUCUAGACUGUCCACGCAAUCGUAUAGGCAAAGAGGACUGCACUCACAGUGAAGAUGCAGGAGUAAUCUGUCAGAUGAUUCCUGUACGAUUAGUCAAUGGACGCGAUCCAACGCAAGGUCGAGUUGAGAUUCAGAUCAACGGAACAUGGGGAACUGUCUGCGAUGAUUACUUUGACGAGAGGGAGGCUGGAGUCAUCUGCGCAAUGAUGGGGUUCGAUCGAACUGGAGCUCGGGCUAUAGCGACGGCUGGUUUUGGACAAGGCUCUGGGCCUACAUAUUUUGAUGAUUUAGGUUGUACAGGGACUGAACAUUCCAUCCUAUCGUGUCCAGGAAACCGUAUAGGUCAAGAAAAUUGUGGUCACAAUGAGGAUGCAGGUGUUAUGUGUACCACAGUACCUAUACGAUUAGUGAAUGGGGGAAUUCCAUCACAAGGUCGAAUUGAGGUUAGGAUCGCCGGGUCAUGGGGAACUGUCUGUGAUGAUUACUUUGAUGAGAAGGACGCUGGAGUCGUGUGUGCGAUGAUGGGAUUCAGUCGAACUGGAGCUCAAGCUAUCACAGAUGCUGGUUUUGGGCGUGGUUUAGGAUCCAUCCACUUCGAUAAUCUAGCUUGCACUGGGACUGAAUUGUCCAUACUGUCAUGUCCAGUGACCCAUGUAGGUCAACACAACUGUCAACAUACAGAAGAUGCAGGUGUUAUCUGUGAGAUGGAGUCUAUGGAAUAUCUGGUUCCUGUACGACUUGUCAAUGGAAGCGGAAUUCCAACACAAGGUCGAGUCGAGAUUGAAAUCAACGGGACAUGGGGAAGUGUCUGUGAUGAUUCAUUUGACCAGCAAGAUGCUGGAGUUAUUUGUGUCAUGAUGGGAUUCAGUCGAACCGGAGCACAAGCUGUGUCAAACGCAGGUUAUGGACAAGGGUCGGGACCUAUAUUCUUCGAUGAACUGGCUUGCAACGGGACCGAGGCAUCUAUCUUAAACUGUUCAAGUCAGCCUAUAGGACAUACUGACUGUAGUCACUCUGAGGAUGCAGCUGUUCGCUGCAAGACAUUACCUGAUGCUAAAGUAAGGUUAGUCAAUGGAGGACUUACUACACAAGGUCGAGUGGAGAUUGAAAUCAAUGGAAAAUGGGGAACGGUCUGCGACGACGAGUUUGACAACAGGGAUGCUGCUGUCGUGUGUGCUAUGAUGGGAUUCAGCAGAACUGGCGCUCAGGCAGUGACUGAUGCUGGUUUUGGAGAAGGGACGGGUUCUAUCUAUCUUGAUGACCUAGACAGUUCCGAUGACGAAGAUGACAAUACACCAUUAUCUACACUUCAGGCAGUGAGGAAAAAACUAAUGUCAGGAAUACUGGUAUCGGACAACAUCACAUUAGACGACUAUCUAACUGCUGACGAAGAUAUUGUUACCACUGAUCAGUGGACUAAAGAUGAUAUUAUUAAAGACAUUAUCGCCCAACGUGACGUAUCGGUAUCUGUACGAUUAAUCAAUGGAGGAGCAGCCCGAACACAAGGUCGAGUUGAAAUUAAAAUCAAUGACACGUGGGGAACUGUGUGUGAUGACAACUUUGAUGACAAAGACGCUGGAGUAAUUUGCGCCAUGAUGGGAUUCAGUCGAACUGGAGCACAGGCUGUCACAGUUGCUGGUUUUGGACAAGGUUCGGGCUCCAUUUACCUUGAUGAUUUAGCUUGUACCGGAAAUGAAAUAUCAAUCAUAUCGUGUCCAGGGAGUCAUAUUGGUCAAACUGAUUGUACACACUCAGAGGAUGCAGGUGUCCGCUGCCAAACGAGUACGUCUUCCCUGCAAAUAACAUACGGUUGGUCGAUGGAGGAGGAAUUCCAACACAAGGUCGAAUUGAGAUUCAUACCAAUGGGACAUGGGGAACUGUCUGUGAUGAUGGCUUUGGUGUCCAAGAGGCUGACAACAGGAGCUCAAGCUGUCACGAUGGCUAAAUUUGGACAAGGGUCUGGACCAAUCUACCUUGACGAUUUAGCUUGCACGGGGAAUGAAACAUCCAUCCUACAGUGUUCUGGUUCGCCUAUUGGUCAAACAAAUUGUGGCCACUCAGAGGAUGCAGGUGUUAUCUGCAAAACAGUGGCAGGUAUUUCCUCACCAGUUCGGUUGGUAAAUGGUACGAACAGCUAUGAGGGAAGAGUUGAAGUUUUCCAUGAUGGUCAGUGGGGAUCUGUCUGUGACGAUAAUUUUGGGGUGGAAGAAGCCCGGAUCGUCUGUCGCAGUUUAGGCCUCAAGAGUUUUAAUGCUAUGUCAUAUCAAAGUGCUCACUUUGGAGAAGAUGCAGGACCGAUAUGGCUUGAUGAUGUUGAUUGUACAGGGAAUGAGGACGUUUUGGACCAGUGCUCCUUUUCUCGCUGGGGUAAACACAACUGUGGACAUAAUGAAGAUGUGGGAGUGAACUGUCAAUAUGGCCCAGACGUUGUAGAUUUCAAUGGACAAUCACCUGGUAAGGUACUGGAAGGUGAAAACGUGAAUGUUAACUGCUCUGCAGACUGUAACCCACCAUGCUCCUACGUCUGGUCACUGGGGGAUGAAUGGAUCACAUCCAGUUCUUGGUUAAAGCUCUCCAGCACCAAAAGGAGUGAGACGGGAG